AUGAAUCCCUACACGACGGACCCAAAUGAAAUCCCCCCUUCUGAUCUAUAUGCGGACCUGCCGCUUUACGGUCGGUACCGUCCUAAACCAGAUGACUUCCAUAUCGAUAUCCGACAUGUCAACUCUGAAUCCACAGACUCAUUGAAAUACUGGGCUUCAGUGGUUGACCUUUGCAACGAAUCCGUCAGAAUAUAUCCGGCUGAUGAGGGCGGUCGGGACGUCUUCGCCGUUGGCAGCGUCAUCAUCAAGUCGGGCCAUCUCCAUCCGCAGGGGAUCGCCCAUUUCACGGAUAUCCGCUACUCGUAUGCCGAUGAAAAUGAAGUCCAGGCUGUGAUUCUCGCAAGGAAAGCUUUGAAAAAUGUCAAAGUGCCCGAGAUAUACUUUGCUGGCAAGGUUUAUGGUCGCCAAGUGUUGGUCCAGGAACGGCUCCCAGGCGUUGCAUUAGCGGUAGCAUGGCCCUACCUCUCCCAACGCCAAAUGGAUUCCUUUAAACAGCAAGCACAGGAGAUACUUCGACAACUGCACUCUAUCAAGCCUUCCGAUGGACGUCAGGUUCGUUCCCAUGUCGUGCCUGAUCCCAAAGUCCGCUCCAAUGGUCGUAUACAACCAUUGGAAGGCGAUAUCCUCUUCUCAGAGACCAAUACCGAUUCAGACAUGAGCUUCAUGCAUAACGAUUUUACAGAUUCCAACUGUAUAGUUGACGAUGACAAGAUCGUUGGGCUCAUUGAUUGGGAAAUGGCUGGCUUCUUUGGCUGGAAGACGGCAGGGAAAGUCCAUCGUAUGGUAAGGCCACAUGAUAAUUCUUUCUGGAAGGAUCUGUAUGAGCAGGGUAUGCCUUAA